AUGUACGCCCAGCGGCCUCUGGCGUAUGCUCCAACGCCUUACAGCUAUACACCAAAUACAGCCAGAUCGGCCUCUAUUAAUCUAGAUGAGGAAGUGAAACUCGCCUCGAGCUCAGCGGAACGUGAUCUCUACGAAUCGCUUGCUGAGAUCUACAGCAUAAUAGUGACGCUGGAUGGGCUAGAGAAGGCCUAUAUAAAGGAUGUGGUCACAGAGGCGGAGUACACAGAAACAUGCUCUCGACUUCUGAAGCAGUACAAGUCCAGUUUAGGUGACGACACUGUUGCGAGGGAAUUCGUCGACUUGGACACAUUCAGACAGACAUGGGGGCUUGAAUGUCCGCGUGCCACCGAGCGGCUUCGUAUCGGACUCCCCGCGACGGUCGAGCAGGCAUCGCACACUGGCCCGUCGGCCAAUAAAUCUUCGGGGGCAGCAGGCCCUCCUGCUGGAGCAUCUGGUAGUUUGAUUUUGACUGCUACGGAGAACUUCAUCACCUUCCUCGAUGCGCUCAAGUUAAACAUGGUCUCGAAGGACGCCCUUCAUCCGCUACUCUCCGAAGUUAUCCAAUCAGUUAAUAAGGUGACGGAUGCGGACUUUGAGAACCGAGGAAAGAUCAUUCAAUGGCUGAUCACAUUGAAUCAGAUGCGUGCGACGGAAGAACUGGGUGAAGAACAAGCCCGAGAGCUGGCGUUUGACAUCGAACAAGCAUACCAGGGGUUUAAGUCCACGCUGGAUUUUGAGCCCGAUGAGCCUCUCCAUGUGUUGGACCUUCCCCAGAUCUAUACGAAGCCAUCCGGCACCGAACUUCUCCAAACCCUAGCUCUCUUGACCAUAAAGCCCCGGAGCUUCGGGACCAAUGCUCAUGAACCGGUCAAAAGCCGAACAGUCGAAUCCACCGGACUGACUCAUUAUCUGACAUCCAUCGUAGCAAGCCCCCUGUCCUGGCUGGAUACGGAUGAAUUGCGGGAAGCCAUUUGGGAUGCCGCGGCUGCUCGCCUCAGUGAGAGGUCGGGUCGAACCGCAAUGCCGGCAAUGUCUCGUGUCUUUGCGGUUCCCACACCUUAUGGUCAAGAGUACACGUUGACCCUCCACGAACCCUCAUUGACGUCCGACAACCUGGGCAUGAAGACCUGGGUUUCAUCGUAUCUCCUCUCCCAGAGACUUAACUCCCUCCUCGAAUCCACCCCGCAACUCGUCCCAUCGACAGCAGACACUCCCACACCAAGCCUAGACUCUGACCGCACGCUUCGAGCUCUGGAACUAGGCGCAGGCACUGGCCUUGUCGGUCUUUCUUUCGCUGCGCUGCGCGGUAAAUCGGCAAAUAUCCAUCUUACAGACCUGCCAGAAAUCGUGCCGAACCUAUCCCAUAAUGCCGCUUUAAACGUAGAGCUUCUCAAUAAGACAGCUGCGACGGUCACAACAGGGGUCCUAGAUUGGUCUGCCUCACCUGAGACACCUCCAACUGCGGAACAACAGUACGACCUGAUCCUGGCUGCGGAUCCUCUUUAUUCUCCCGAACAUCCGCGACUGUUGGUUGAUACUAUCGCCGUUUGGCUGAGUCGCGGUCUCGAUGCCCGUGUUGUGCUUGAGAUGCCUCUGCGAGAUGCAUAUCUACCGCAGGUGCAGGAUCUUCGGCAGCGGAUGGACAAACUAGGGUUGGCGGUAGUUGAAGAGGGUGAGGAGACGGGGUAUGACGACUGGGAGACUGCAGACGGAGGCGCAGUCGUGAUAAAAAUGGUCAUCGGACUAUUAACAAUAACGGCAAUUCCAACUGUCACCGCAAUUUCCCUCGGAUGCAGCGAACAACGCAAACAGAAUCAACGACAAGAUGACGAUAAGCGCAUGGCGAAGUUCUAUACAGAUGUGGAGUGUACAGAAGACGUCGAGGAGGCUAGUGAAAUUGACGGGAAAAGGGUUGUAUUAAGAAAUAAUAAAGUCUACAUUGACGAUCCCGACCCCACGAAUCGCAAAGUCGAAGCCCACGCUGGGCAAGCAUUUUAUAUUGACUACCCAGAGCCAGAUCAUAUGAAAGACCUCAAGCGCGGCCUGGGCCUAGUAUCGUCGAUACAGGAUAAUCCACCGAUGUUAAAUUGGAUAUAUGCGGAUAAAGAUACCUUGGAAUUGAAGUAUGGGAAUAGGACGCAGAGCUGUGAACAUGUUCCCGGGCCGUGGGAUUGGAGAGAUGAGGAGACGACAGUAGUGUUGGAAAAAAGAAGAGGGUUUUUCGCCGUGAAGGAGGAGGAUGGAAGUUGGGCACUUUAUUUUGAUAGGCAUGAGGAUGAGUUACUAGGCGUUUUGGGUGAUCAGGCUAUUGUGGUUCCUGUGCGGUUAAACCGAUCUUUGGUUGAGCCGGCUCAGCCUGAUAAUGAUAAGAAGGAAGGGUCGUAG